UAAGAACAGGCAUACACAUGUAAUCUAUUUUGUAAGCCAACAAAAUGUUUCGCAAGAUUGUGAAAAACAAUUUGUCGUCUCGGUUGAAAGAGCAACUGCGUCUGGUCCAAGCAGUAUCCAAAGAGGCGCCCAAACAGACGGAAAAGUCCAGAAAGUUGGGUCCAGAAAGGCCUCCCAUUUCACAGACUCCCAAGGGUUACAAACCCAAUUGCAAGAGCAAGUUUGGACCCUUGGAUGACUGCGAUCGGAUCUUCCAGAAUCUGUAUGGUCGCCACGAUUGGCGGUUGCAGGGAGCCUGUGAACGGGGGGAUUGGCAUCGCACCGGGGAUCUCCUGAAGCAGGGUCCCGAAUGGAUUAUGGAACAGGUGAGCAAGAGUGGAUUGCGAGGACGUGGAGGAGCGGGUUUCUACGCGGGACUCAAGUGGGAGUUCCUGCGCAAGACCAAGUCCGAAAAGAUACCCAAGGUUGUUAUCGUGAAUUGCGCGGAGGGAGAGCCGGGAACCUGCAAGGAUCGAGAGAUCCUGCGCCACGAGCCCCACAAACUGAUCGAGGGCAUGCUCCUGGUGGGCGUGGCCAUGGGAUGCGGCAGGGCCAUUGUAUAUGUUCGGAAUCGAUUCUACAACGAGGCCUGCAACCUGCACUUUGCCCUGGCCGAGGCCUAUCAUCAUGGCCUGUUGGGGGAUAAUGUCUGCGGAACGGGCAUCAAAUUCGAUGUGAUGGUCCAGCGGGGAGAUCGGUAUCUAUGCGGCGAGGAGACGGCCAUGAUUAACUGUUUGAUGGGUGAGCUAGGCAGACCACGACGUCGUCCGCCCUUUCUCACCGAGAAGGGUUACUUCAAUCAUCCCUGUCUGGUGAUCAAUGCCGAGUCCAUUGCCGUGGUGCCCACCAUCUUGCGAAGAGGUGCCGAAUGGUGGGCAGGAUUGGGUCGGAGUUACAAUACGGGCACCAAGCUCUUUUGCCUCAGCGGUCAGGUGAAUAAUCCCUGCACCGUGGAGGAGGAGAUGUCCAUUCCGCUCAGGGAUCUCAUUGAACGACAUGCCGGUGGAGUGAAGGGAGGUUGGGAUAAUCUGGCGGCUGUCUUUCCAGGCGGUCUGUCCACACCUCUGCUGGAUCCACCAACUGCCGGGGAGGUUCUCAUGGACUUCGACUGCCUGGUCUCAGCGGGCAGUGGCUUGGGAUGUGGAGCAGUUAUUGUGAUGACCAAGGACAUUGAUCCGCUGGCCGUGAUGCUGCGCUCCAUUGAGUUCUUCGAGAAGCACACCUGCAAGCAGUGCACCUAUUGUCGGGAUGGAGCCAUCUGGCUACCGGAGAUGUUCGCCCGAUUCGUCAAGGGUCAGACACAUCCCCACGAGGUCGAUUGGACACUGGCCAUUGCGGACAAGAUCCGGAAUAGCAAACCCAUCUGCGCACUGGCCUACAGCCAAGUAAGCGUGGCCGAGAGUUUGGUGCGAUUGUUUGGACAGCAAAUCGAGGAGCGCAUCCUAAAGUUUGCAAAGGGAUCUUGA